AUGGAUAACCGCCCUCCCUCCCUCGAGUCGCUCCAGAGGGAGGUCAGUGAACUCACAGCCACCUACCAUGGCCGAAGUUGGACGACCGAGGCCACAGACCUGGAGUCGGCAAUGACAACAGCGGGGAAUAGGAUACUCGCAGCAGGAACGGGUUCUGAUGCAACAACAAUAACACUCGAAGAGCUAGCAGCUUGUGUGAAAACGUGGAUGCAAGCCAAAUCAUGGAUUGUUGCCGAAGAUCUGGCCACUCUGGUGCUGGACUCCUGCAAGAGCCUAAAAGGAGAACAAGACUUCAUGACUAUGACAGCGAUGCACAAUCUUGCUUCGGCGUAUUGGGGUCGAGGGCACCUGGAUCAGGCUGCUGCUCUCUCUGCCCGGGUGACCAAGUUGAGACAAAAGACUCUUGGCGAGACGCACCCCCAGACAUUGACUUCGAUGACGAAUCUAGCUUGCACGUAUCGGAGUCAAGGGCUUUGGCUGGAUGCUCAGAAACUUGAUGCGAGGAUUGUCGAGUUGAAGAGGAAUACUAUUGGUCCUAGGCAUCCAUCCACCUUGGGGUCAAUGUCUAACUUGGCUAUAUCGUAUGCCAAUCUCGGUCGGUAUCAAGAGGCUGAGUCAAUUUCGCGCAAACUGGUCGAAAUUGGGGAAAGAGAACUAUUUCCGACCGAUGCCUCGCUGUUAAACUGGAAACUUACACUUGCGUCGACCUACCGAGACCAGGGGAGGCUGGAUUCCGCCGAACAGCUAGAACGGGAGGUCGUUGCUGUCAGUCGUGACAUAUUUGGGACAGCCCAUCCCUUCACUUUGACCUCUAUGGCCAAUCUAGCAUCGACAUGUCGUGAACAAGCCCGGUGGUCGGAUGCUGAGCGCCUUGAGAAAGAAGUUGUGGCUAGCAGUGAGGCCGUGCUCGGCGAAACACACCCCCAAACCCUAAUGUCUAUCAGCAACCUUGCCUCAACAUAUCGCAAUCAGGGUCGCCUAGAAGAAGCCAAAGAUCUUGGAGGGAAAGCAAUAGCUGGGAUGAAAGAGGUCCUUGGGGAACGUCACCCACACACACUGGUAGCUAUGGUGGAUCUUGCAGUCACAUACCAAAUGAUGAGAAAAUCGCCAGAUGCCGAGAUCCUCGCCGCUCAGUCUCUGCGUUUGAUGGAAGAGACGAUUGGCAAAGACCAUCCGCACACACUCAGCGCGAUGGCCAAUCUGGGCUUCAUAUAUCAGUCGCAAAGCAAGUGGGAGAUCGCUAGUAGAAUGGCUGAAACGAAGAGCCCGCGAUCAGAACGUGUCACGGAACAAUCCACUCGGUCGACUUUUUCGGCAUUUUCCCUUGAUCCUGAGAAGUUAAGCGACCUUGUACAAUCCAAAGAUCUCCAGAAGUUUCAUUCACUCGGUGGGAUAAAAGGUUUGGAGGAAGGACUGCGAACCGACAUCCGCACCGGCCUGAGCCUGGACGAGACCUGCCUAGGUGCUGCUAGUACUACAAGCACUGCGCCAAUAGAAAAUACUACUGCCGCUGAGCUCUCUAUCCCGACAGAGCUUUGUUAUGAUGUAUUCGUCGAUAGAAAGAAAUUCUUCGGGGACAACCGCCUGCCUACAAAACCGUCCCCGAGCUUCCUGUCAUUGAUGUGGGCAGCCUAUAACGACCACGUCCUAUUUCUUCUGACUGGGGCUGCUGUUAUCUCACUUGCUUUGGGACUGUACCAGACAUUCGGAACCAAGCAUACUGCUGAUGACCCGCCCGUUGAAUGGGUGGAGGGUGUUGCCAUCCUUGUCGCCAUCAUCGUCAUUACUCUCGCCGGUGCCGCGAAUGACUUCCAAAAGGAGCACAAAUUCCGGAAAUUGAAUAAGAAGCAGCAAGAUCGUAAUGUUUGGGUCCUUCGAUCUGCGAGGGUUGAUGAAGUUCCCAUCUCUGAGGUUGUUGUUGGUGAUGUUGUCCACAUCAGUCCAGGGGACAUCGUGCCUGCUGAUGGGGUAUUGAUAUGGGGUCAUCAGGUGAAAUGCGAUGAGUCCUCGGCAACUGGCGAGUCUGAUCCGGUCGCUAAGAGCGCUGUCGAGACAGCUCUCCCUAAAGACUCUCAUGAGAUCGAUCCCUUCAUUCUUUCUCACACUAAGAUCGUGGAAGGCGUCGGCGCGUACCUCGUCUUGGCUACAGGCACGAAAUCAAGCUACGGAAGAAUCCUUCUCUCUCUUGACACAGAUCCAGGGUUCACUCCGCUUCAAGUACGGCUCAGUAAUCUUGCAAAGAAUAUCGCCCGCUUUGGUGCACUUGCGGCGCUUGUAUUGUUCGUAAUCUUGUUCAUCAAAUUCUGCGUUGGCCUCCGGAAUAGCACCGAGUCCGCCUCGGAAAGGGGACAAUCUUUUUUGAAUGUCUUCAUUCUGGCUUUGACCGUCGUUGUGAUCGCAGUCCCGGAAGGACUUCCCUUGGCAGUUACACUUGCGUUGUCAUUUGCCACUACUCGAAUGAUGAGAGACAACAACUUGGUUCGACAGCUCCGAGCAUGCGAGACGAUGGGACAAGCCACGGAUAUCUGUUCAGAUAAAACGGGGACGUUGACACAGAAUGAGAUGACUGUCGUCUCGGGUUUCUUCGGUGCUACCCUGCAGUAUACUGAUCGGGCUAGCAGUCCAAUUUUUUUUGAUGAAGAUAAGUUCUCGUCUGUGGCAAAGUGCAUGAGUCGUUUCUCUGGUCAAUCGAAGUCGCUAUUGAGGCAGUCUAUCGCGAUCAACUCAACCGCAAUUGAAAGCCAAUAUGAUGGAGGCCGGGAGUUUCUUGGAUCCCAAACUGAGGCCGCCUUACUGAGAUUCUCCCGGGAUUAUCUCGAGUUAGGUCAGCUUGACUUUGAUCGUGCUAGUGCGGACGUUGUUGGUCUUUUACCUUUUGAUACUUCUCGCAAAUAUAUGAUCACAGUUGUCAAACUGGCCAGUGGCUUAUAUCGAUCAUAUGUGAAAGGUGCUCCUGAGAUUCUCCUUGAAAAGUGCACAGCCACAGUUGUACAGCCAAUGCAAGGGCUGAGUACCGCUCCUGUUAGGGAAGAUUGCAUUGACGAGAUACGCCAGGCGAUUUCUCAAUAUGCAUCAAGAUCCUUGCGCACAAUUGCGAUUUGCUUCCGGGAUGUGGAAUUUUUGCCCUUCAGACGCGAGGAAGAAACCGUCGACUUCGAGGAGUUGGUGAAAGGGCUUACAUUUCAAGGAAUUCUGGGCCUGCGAGACCCUCUCCGGGCAGAGGCUUUGGGCGCCGUAGAGACCAGUCAUAAAGCAGGUGUCGCUGUGCGCAUGGUUACCGGUGAUAACCUUCUUACAGCAAGAGCCAUUGCAGAAGAAUGUGGAAUCAUCAGCAGUCCAAAUGAUCUUGUGAUGGAAGGCGAUAAGUUCCGUAUGCUCGAUGAAUCACAACAGAGGGAGCUAGUUCCACGUCUCAAGGUCCUUGCUCGAUCUCGUCCAGAUGAUAAGCGGGUUCUGGUACAGCGUCUGAAGGAUCUUGGAAGAAUCGUUGCCGUCACUGGAGACGGCACCAACGAUGCCCCUGCCCUCGCAGCUGCUGAUGUCGGAUUCUCGAUGGGAAUUUCUGGCACUGAAAUUGCUCGCGAAGCUUCCUCUAUUGUCUUGAUGGAUGAUACAUUUUCUUCGAUUGUCAAGGCUAUCAUGUGGGGAAGGGCAGUCAACGAUGCCGUCAAAAAGUUUUUGCAGUUUCAAAUUACCAUCACCUUCACCUCCGUGGGUCUGGCAUUUGUCUCGGCGGUGGCCAACUCAUCGCAGGAGUCGGUACUGACACCAGUGCAGCUCAUGUGGGUAAACCUGUUUCAAGACACGCUAGCAGCUCUGGCACUAGCAACCGACCCUCCUCCUCGCCGGAUCCUUGACCGUAAACCUGAACCAAUAUCGACACCUUUGAUUACUCCUACCAUGUGGAAGAUGAUCAUUGGUCAAUCUGUGUAUCAGAUGAUAGUAACACUCGUUCUGUACUUCGCGGGCUCUUCUAUCUUCUCCUAUAAAAACACUAUUCAAACAUCACAGUUACAUACUGCUGUUUUCAACACAUAUGUCUGGAUGCAGAUAUUCAACAUGUACAACAAUCGACAAGUUGAGCGAUCAUUUAACCUCGUCGAAGGAAUUCAUCACAACUGGCUCUUCAUAGCAAUUACUUCUGUCAUGAUGGGCGCUCAAAUCCUGAUUAUGUUCGUUGGCGGGCGGGCAUUCUCAAUCACGCAGUUGACUGGCGACCAAUGGGCAUAUUCUAUCGUGCUUGGUGCAAUCUCUAUUCCCAUCGGGUUCCUUUUGCAAGCUAUUCCCACUGCCGUUGUUGAGAAACCAAUGACAGGCUGCGGGAGGCUGCGGGACCGCUUGCGCGGUCGGUGA